AUGUACAACUGGGUGUCACCAGCGUACAGAUGACAACUCACACCAAAGCCACGGAUGAUCUCACCCAGUGGCUUCAUAUAGAUGUUGAAGAGAAGAGGCGAGAGGACCGACCCCUGUGGCACCCCACAUAGGAGGCGCCUUGGCGUCGAUCUCUGCCCUCCUGCCAACACCGUCUGCGACCGGUCGGAGAGAUAGGAGGAGAACCACCGAUAAAUGGUGCCACCCACUCCCAUCCCCCUGAGCCGUCGCAGCAGGAUACCAUGGUUGAUGGUAUCGAAAGCCGCCGAGAGAUCUAAUAGGACUAGAGGAACAACCCCUGUCCCGAGCCCUCCAGAGAUCAUCAACCAACGCGACCAAGGCCGUCUCUGUGCUGUAACCGGGCCGGAAGCCGGACUGGAAUGGGUCUAGAUAGAUAGUUUCAUCCAGAGAAACAAAGAAUGAAAUUUUCUGAUUUUUAUGAUGGCGAUCAAACAGCGGUUGAACCCCUAAAUCAAGAGAGUCUUGUGUCCUUCGAGGAGGUGGCUGUGUAUUUCUCUGAGGAGGAAUGGUCUCAGCUGGAUCCUGCCCAGAAAGCGCUGCAUUCGGAAGUCAUGCUUGAAAACCAUCGGAACGUGGUCUCUCUGGGUAAUAAUAGUCAGAAGAAUCAAGAUUCCUGUGAACUAUUCCAAGUGAUCAAUGCUAAAGAUGGAACAGAGAAGUUUGGAAUUCGAAUGGAAUUAGAAACCCAUGAUGGAAACCAGUCAAAUGAUAGGAAUCAGGAAAGCUCAUCUUCCACUGAUGCUCCAAUACAAAACUUUCAUGCCGAACAGGAGAAAAUAAGGAAAAAAUAUAUUGGGAAAAGUUUGAAGCCAAUCAAAGCUAAAUUACUAGUAAAAGAACACUAUUUAAGCCAAAACGAAGGAGAAGAUGAUAUAAGAAGACACAACGGAAAAAGUUACAAUGUGACAUUCAUGCCUUCUCUUGGAAAUAAAUUCCUUACACCUCAAAAAAUGAUUGACGCAAAAGAGAAGCCUUAUCAAUGUUUGGAAUGUGGAACAUGUUUUAGAACAAGCAGGCAACUUACUUCCCAUGAAAGGAUUCACACUGGGGAGAAGCUAUACAAAUGCAGAGAGCCUGGUAACAGGUUCAGAAGACAUAGUAAUCUUAUUUCCCAUAAAAGGAUCCACUCAGGAGAGAAACCGUAUAAAUGCAUGGAGUAUGGAAAGACCUUUGCUUAUAGUAAUGUACUUACUAUCCACAAAAUGAUCCACACAGGGAAAAAACCAUUUAAAUGCAUGGAUUGUGGAAAGACCUUUGCUCGAAGAGGUCAUCUUAUUUCCCAUAAGAGGAUCCACACAGGGGAGAAGCCGUAUAAAUGCAUGGAGUGUGGAAAGACCUUUGCUCAUAGAGGUAAUCUUAUUCGCCAUAAGAGGAUCCACACAGGGGAGAAGCCGUAUAAAUGCAUGGAGUGUGGAAAGACCUUUGCUCAUAGAGGUAAUCUUAUUCGCCAUAAGACGAUCCACACAGGGGAGAAGCCGUAUAAAUGCAUGGAGUGUGGAAAGACCUUUGCUCAAAGAGGUAAUCUUAUUUCCCAUAAGAGAAUCCACACAAGGGAGAAGCCGUACAAAUGCAUGGAGUCUGAGGAAACAUUUACGCAUAGCAGUGGACUCAGUAAGCACAAUAAGCUACACACAAGAGAAAAGUCCUAUAAAUGCACGGAGUGUGGAAAGACCUUUGCUCAAAGAAGUAAUCUUACUUCCCAUAAGAGGAUCCACACAGGGGAGAAGCCGUAUAAAUGCAUGGAGUGUGAAAAGACCUUUGCUCAAAGAAGUAAUCUUACUUCCCAUAAGAGGAUCCACACAGGGGAGAAGCCGUAUAAAUGCAUGGAGUGUGAAAAGACCUUUGCUCAAAGAAGUAAUCUUACUUCCCAUAAGAGGAUCCACACAGGGGAGAAGCCGUAUAAAUGCAUGGAGUGUGGAAAGACCUUUGCUUAUAGUAAAGCACUUACUAUGCACAAAAUGAUCCACACAGGGGAGAAGCCGUAUAAAUGCAUGGAGUGUGGAAAGACCUUUGCUUAUAGUAAAGCACUUACUAUGCACAAAAUGAUCCACACAGGGGAAAAGCCAUUUAAAUGCAUGGAGUGUGGAAAGACCUUUGCUCAAAGAGGAGAUCUUAUUCGCCACAAAGUGAUCCACACAGGGGAAAAGCCAUUUAAAUGCAUGGAGUGUGGAAAGACCUUUGCUCGAAGAGAUCAUCUUAUUUCCCAUAAGAGGAUUCACACAGGGGAAAAGCCAUUUAAAUGCAUGGAGUGUGGAAAAACCUUUGCAAAAAGAGGGGAUCUUAUUCGCCACAAAGUGAUCCACACAGGGGAAAAGCCAUUUAAAUGCAUGGAGUGUGGAAAGACCUUUGCUCAAAGAGGUUAUCUUAUUUCCCAUAAGAGGAUUCACACAGGGGAAAAGCCAUUUAAAUGCAUGGAGUGCGGAAAAACCUUUGCUCAAAACAGUAGCCUAAGAAUACACAAACGGAUACACACAGGGGAGAAGCCGUAUAAAUGCAUGGAGUGUGAGGAAACAUUUACGCAUAGCAGUGGACUUAGUAAGCACAAUAAACUACACACAAGAGAAAAGUCCUGUAAAUGCAUGGAGUGUGGAGAGACCUUUGCUCAAAGAGGUCAUUUUAUUUCCCAUAGGAGGAUCCACAGAGGCGAAAAGCCAUUUAAAUGCAUGGAGUGUGAAAAGACUUUUGCUCAUAACAGUGGCCUAAGAAUACAUAAAAGGAUCCACACAGGGGAGAAGCCGUAUAAAUGCAUGGAGUGUGGAACGACCUUUGCUCAAAGACGUCAUCUUAUUCGUCAUAAGGUGAUCCACACAGAGGAAAAGCCAUUGAAAUGCAUGGAGUGUGGAAAGACCUUUGUUCGAAGAGGUCAUCUUAUUCGCCAUAAGAGGAUCCACACAGGGGAGAAGCCAUAUAAAUGCAUGGUGUGUGAAAAGACCUUUGCUCAAAGAGAUCAUCUUAUUCGCCAUAAGAUGAUCCACACAGGGGAGAAGCCAUUUAAAUGCAUGGAGUGUGGAAAGACCUUUGCUCGAAGAGGUCAUCUUAUUCGCCAUAAGGUGAUCCACACCGGGGAGAAGCCGUAUAAAUGCAUGGAGUGCGGAAAGGUCUUUGCUCGUAACAGUGGCCUAAGAAUACAUAAAAGGAUCCACACAGGGGAGAAGCCGUAUAAAUGCAUGGAGUGUGGGAAAACGUUUACGUGUAGCAGUGGACUCAGUAACCACAAUAAACUCCACACAAGAGAAAAGUCCUAUAAAUGCAUGAAGUGUGGAAAGACCUUUGCUCGAAGAGGUCAUCUUAUUUCACAUAAGGUGAUCCACACAGGGGAAAAGCCAUUUAAAUGCAUGGAGUGCGGAAAGACCUUUGCUCGUAACAGUGGCCUAAGAAUACAUAAAAGGAUCCAUACAGGGGAGAAACCAUAUAAAUGCAUGGAGUGUGGAAAGACCUUUGCUCAUAACAGUAGCCUAAGAAUACACAAAUGGAUACACACAGGGGAGAAGCCGUAUAAAUGCAUGGAGUGUGGAAAGUGCUUUGCUCAAAGUGGAGGUCUUUCUUCUCAUAAAUGGAUCCAUGCUUGUGAGAAACUAUAUAACAAUAGUAAUUCCACUUAGACUUAUAUACUACUCCAAAAUGCUUUACAAUACUCUUUAAGCAGUUUACAAAGUCAGUAUAUGGUCCCCAGCAUCCUCAUUUUACUGACCUCAGAAGGAUGAAAAUCUGAAUCAACCAUGAGCCUGUCCAAAUGAAACUCCUGGCUGUGGGCAAUUAGCCUGUAGUACUGUAUUCUAGCCAGUGCCUCACCAUGUAUAUGCAUAUUGUGUCUUUCUGAUCUAAAUGAGAUAAGGUUGAAUCCAGUGGUGAAAUCUAAUUUUUUUUUACUACUGGUUCUGUGGCCGUGGUUUGGUGGGCAUGGCAGAAGGAUACUGCAAAAUCCCAUUACCUCCCCACUUCUGGGGGAAGGAUAUUGUAAAAUCUCUAUUCGCAUCCCACUCGGGGGUCAGCCAGAGGUGAUAUUUACCGGUUCUCCGAACUACUCAAAAUUUCCACUAUCGGUUCUCCAGAACCUUUCAGAACCUGUUUUACACCUGGGCAGAAAAAAGAGUACCUGAAACCUGGGUCAAAAACUGUGAGAAGGACCUUGGAGUCUGAAUGGAUGAGUUACCUGUGUGCAGCAGCAGCCGAAAAAGCUAAUAAAAUUCUUCGUUGUAUAAACAGAAGCAUAGAAUCAAAAUCACAUGAAGUAUUAGUCCUGCUCUAUAAAACCUUAGUAAGACCACACCUGGAAUACUGCAUCCAGUUUUGGUCCUCAAAUUACAAAAAAGAUGGUGAGACUUUGGAAAAAAGUACAGAGAAGAGCAGUAGGCUGAUUAAAGACCUGCAGACUAAAACAUAUGAAGAACGAUUGCAGAAUUUUGGUUUGGCUAAUCUAGAGAAAAGGAGGAUUGGGAGUGACAUGAUAGCAAUAUUCCAGUACUUGAGAGGCUGCCACAAAGAGGAGGGGGUCAGUUUAUUUUCCAAAACGCCAGAGGGUAGGAUAAGAAACAACGCAUUCAAAAUAAUUGAGAGAAGCAAUUUUGAAUUAACAAGGAUCUUCCUUACAGUAAAGACAUUUAACCAGUGAAACAGCUUUCCUUCAGACAUUGUGGUUGCUUCAUCCUGGAUGUUUUUAAGAAGAGACUGGAUAGUCACUUGACUGAAAUAGGAAGAUCAAUAGUUCCUGAAAUGGUGUAGACCAGCAGUCACCAACCGGUGGUCCGCGAGAAAAUUUUGGUGGUCCGUGGAGAAAUCUUUGUAUUUUUGCCGGUGCAGCCUGGUGGAGGAACUGUGGCGCAAGCGGGCCGAAGCAGAGAUUGCCAUGGCUGGAAGCUGUGGGAGCGAAGCACUACUUGCACUUGCGCAGCAUCAGUAUUCCGCCUCUGUAUAUUUGCCCAGCUGGUUUGCACAAAGCAGCCCUCAUCUCCUGCCGCUUGAGACUUGGAACUGAAAUGGCGACUGGUCUGGGGAGCAGCCGGAUUUUGCUCUCUAUUGUAGAUGCCAGAUUGGCCCCUUGCAAGCUCUCGUUUCUCCAGGAGCGCUCGCUGAAAUGGCGUGGGAGACCUUGCAGGGUACGGGUCUGGCAUCCACAAUGGAGAGCAAAAUCUGGCUGCUCCCCUGAUCAGGCGUCAUUUACAGCUCUGAGUCCCAAGUGGCAGCAGACAAGGGCUGCUUUGCUCCACUGGCUGGUGCAAAUAUACCAAGGCGGAAUGCUGAUGCCGCACAAAAUGAAAUAGAGAAAAAGACAGAAUGAAAGAGAGAAUGAGAAAGAGAAUGAGAGAGAGACAGAAUCAGAAUGAGAGAGAAUGAGAGACAGAAAGAGAAUGAGAGAGAAUAAGAGAGAGAGAAUGAGAGAGAGAGAGCACCGCCUUUUUGGAAGAAGUGUGGGGGCCCCCAAAGGGGAAUGACUUGUAUUAAAUAUUGAUGCCCCCACCUUAAUUUUCUGAGGUCGGCGCAGCAGGCAACGGUCCUUCCUGGCAUGCCUUGUUUUCCCGGAGUACUCUGCCCCCUUCUUCCCGCCUCCUCCUCCUCCCAGAGUCUCUGGGCUGAUUACUCAGCUGGAGGGAAAACUCAGAGUGCUCCGCCGACUGGCUUGCCCGCUUCCCUGGGGAUGUUGUCCGGAGGGGCGCUCUCUUCACAGCUCUUGCUCGAAGCCACCUGGCUCUGAAAGGGAUGCGCAGAGAAUGAGAGAGAAUCAGAGAGUGAGAGAGAGAGAAUGAGAGAGAGAGAGAGAGAGAGAAUCAGAGAGAAUGAGAGAGAAUCGGAAUGAGAGACAGAAAGAGAUAAUCAGAGAGAGAGAGAAUCAGAAUGAGAAAGAGUUGGGGGGGAGAGAGAAAGAGAAUGAGAGUGUGGGAGAGAGAAAGGGGGAAACAGGAGGGAGAGAAAUAAUGAGAGAAAAAG